UUUAUUUUUGGGCCCAAAUAGUUUCUUCCUAAUGAGUGCAUUUGGUUUAGUUUUGAGUGAGUUUCCAUGCGUCUACGCACAUCGGAAAAUCGUAUAAAUACAGACGUUCUGACUGUCAUCGAUGUUAGUUGAAUUUUUAGAGAGAACCCCGUCGAAUCGGUGCCGCAGUUUCGAGUGUCUAGUGUCCAGCGUCCGUACCCUUUGCGAGUCAGUCAUUAAUCAUGAAUUUCACUCUCUUAAUUUUGCUAAUAGCCUGCGCCAGCUGCAUCUUGGCCGCGCCCGCACCUCUGGCCGAAGAACAGCAACAAGAGGAGGGCUCUGUCAAGGCGAAGCGCGGCCUGUCGCUCGGUCUGGGCUACCACGCCCCAUUGGUGACAUCCGCGCAUUACGUAGCCGCACCGACUCUUGUACACCACGCACCAUUAAUUUCGCAUGCACCGCUCAUCUCGCAUGCACCGCUCAUCUCGCACGCCCCGCUCAUCGCCCAUCACCCGGUGUCGUAUCACCUGCCCAGCUACCACUCCAUCCACUCCCUCCACUCCUACCAUCACUUCUAAUGAACCCCAGAGAUGUGAACGAGCAGAAGCAAAGGCACCAACAGAAACGACACCAGCAGUAACAGCAGCAGCAUAAGGAGCAGCAGAGACCACAGUUCUUCUUGGCAUUAGCACGAUUUGUACUUGGAUUGGACUCCCUUUCUGGCUUUCCCUAAUGACCUGCUUUUGUACAUAAUCGUAAAAAUAAAUACAU